AUGUCGAGUCACUACCGAAAUCUGUCUCCCAGCCGAGCUCGACACUCCAUGAUUGACCCCAUGAGAGCGUCAACCGGCAUGGUAGAACUAAACUCCUCCUACGACCCUUAUGAUGCACCAAGGCGUUACGAUUUUGCCGACUACCCAUCCGAUACUGGAUACGCCAGUGCUUUUGGGUACCGCUCAGGGCGACCAUCAAAACUCGAGGCCCACCAAAUAUCGUCUCAUCGACCUCGCACCAGACACAGAAGCAACACAUCAACACAAGCCGACUACGAGACGCCAGUACGUCUGGCUGUACCUCCCACAUCCCGUCAACAUCUCUCGCCCGUGCACCACUCAAUUCACCGCCGUACCCCGAGCCCUCUUCAUACAGAUUCCGGCCAUCAUAUAACCCCUGCUUCCUCUCGACACCCCGCCCAUCGCCGAAUCUACAGCACUGACUAUGCGAGCGAUACGGGCCAUAUCGGCCCACGGAAUGAUGCCAGACACAGGACUGAUCACAGUGCACAUCAAUACCGUGUCCACCCGCCCCCUCGCUCACCGCGCUAUCCAGCGUAUGACGGACUGAGGAAAGGCGAUGACAUAGAUGACUUUGACGCAUAUUCAUACACCAAUGCCCGUGAGCAAUUCGACCGGGACUACCCUGUCAAGCCGCGCCAUCGCGGGCCGAGAUAUUCUGUCGAUCGGCCGCUCAGUAACACUGGCGUGGAAGAAACCCCCCAAUGGGCAACACGAAAAGACCGUCCUCAUGGCCCACCCCCAACAUCCUGGGGCCUUGACAAGCUUGGGCGUGAACGGCCACGAAGCUCAGCGUAUGGCCAAGAUGACCAUCGGGACCCACAUAGAUCGAAUGAUGGAUUCCAUGAUCAAGCCCUGGUUGCCGUACCUCAAGACUCUGACGCUGAAUACCCCUCCCGACGUGACGAGCGUCGCCGCCGCCGUGCCCACGGAGCGCGCCACGCGAACGAUCGGGAGCACCGCUAUCCAGAAGACCAUCACCCCAAACCACAUGACGUCGGCGCGCUCGCUAAUAUAGGACUUGGAACUGCGGCCUUGGGAGGCGGAUACUCUGACAUGUCGGACUACGAUAACCACCGUCCGUCACAACGCAAGCACAGACGGCCACACGGCGAACAUGACCACGAUGCCCAGCCCUUAUCGCGUGAGCUGGUAGAAGCAGCUCCAGCCAAUGAAAGAACCAAGCAAGCUUACUUGGACCCUGCCGAUGCCCGUCGCCACGGUCGAUCGCGGCGACACUCUAGGCGGCGGACGCACAUCGAUGAUGCCGACACGUCAGAUGAAGACCUGCGAAACUACAGACGUGAGCCCGCACGUCGCAGGCACAGCAGCACCGACACCGAGAGCGACCGUGACCGGGACCGCAGUCGGGACCGCUCGCACCACAGGCGAGACCGCGACCAUUCGCGUGGAUACCGAUUUUCUCGCUCCCACCGCAUGCUGGAGGAUGAUCACGCCAUUGACUCGCGACGAUCGCCCCCGGUCGACAAGGCCAAAGAUGACCCCCGAAGACUUAUUGCUGUCGAGCCAGCUGCUCCAAAGGAGCCCGAUGCUCCUCCCAAGGGAAUCCUCAAGGCUCCGCGCCCGGCCUUCCCAGAGGAGCCCAAUCCAGUGAGAGAGGGGGUCGCUCCCCUCAAAGAUGCCCAUAAGCAAGGGAUCCCACCGGGAGCUCGCUGGACGAAGAUCGACCGGCGGCUUGUGAAUCCGGAGGCAUUGGAAGCGGGCAAUGAACGGUUCGAGGAGCGGUCGGAUUAUGUGAUUGUGUUGAGGGUUUUGAGCAAGGAGGAGAUCCAGCAGUAUGCUGUCAAGACACAGGAGAUCAGAGAUACUCGACACAAGGAACAGCUGCGCGAGAGACGCAAGUCUAGGGAUGAGACUCAACGCCACGGCCGCCGGGGCGAGGAGUCUUCCAGCGACGACGAGGACGAGGGCGAGGAAGAGCCCUGGAAGCAGCUCGAAGCGGCCGCUGCACCACCCGCACAGAAGAUGUCCUUGCCGUCGCGUCCACGCGCGUCGACCAACUCAAUGCAUGAGGCUGAACGGCCUAGGAUGAGCAAUCCGGCUGCUGCGCCGGUAUAG